GGACAAUGACACCAAUAAGAGUAUUAUUUGAACGAGUUUUAACAUCAGGAAGUUUGCCUCCCGAAAAAUCAGGUGAGAUUUGGGCACGCUUCCUGGCCUUGGAAAGUAACAUUGGAGAUUUAGCUAGUAUACUGAAAGUGGGAAAAAGGAGAUACACUGCAUUCAAGGAGGGGUAUGAAGGGAAGGAGACGGCACUCCUUGUGGAUAGAUACACAUUUAUGGACCUGUACCCCUGCUCCACAAGUGAACUGAAAGCUUUGGGAUACAAGGAUGUACCGAGAGCCAAACUGGCAGCACUAAUCCCAGACCCUGUGGUAGAGUAUCCCAAACCUGACACGUCCCAGAUGAUCCCUUUCCAGCCGCGACAUUUAGCUCCACCUGGACUCCAUCCUGUUCCUGGCGGAGUAUUCCCAGUCCCAACAGCUGCAGUGAUCUUAAUAAAGCUGCUUCUGCUUCCUACCCCUAUUUGCUUCCAGGAUGUUAUUGCGGAGACUCAUCCUGGGCUUUAG